UAUUCUUCCCCACAAAGGAGCAUACAUCUUUUCAUCGAAUCAAAAGGAUGAUUAUGCUGGUUGUGUUCAUAUGGCAGCACUAUGCAAGAAUACACCUCCUCUCUGUAUACGCUGGAAUAUCACUCGCUUUAUGGAUGGUCAUGGCAUUCUAUGCAAAGACAGUGGACCGAAUGCACAGCUGUGUAGCAACUGUCGAACCGAGUCAGGAUCACUCAACACUGUUACAUCUUAUAUUUCUCCAACAGAUAUGCUUUCGCUGUGUGGAGAUCAUGUUGAUCAACAACCUAACUUGGCAGCUGCUGUUGAAGCAGCUCAGUAUCACCGCCACAUGCGUACUGCAGGCUCUGAUCCUGUCAUUGCUUCAUUCGAAAAGGGUUUCAAUAUCUUUAAUGGUAAUUGCACCUACUGUGGAGCAACUGAGGGUGUAGACUCCUCCCAUACAUUACCUCAAUGUCCCAAUCUGGAUUUCAGCAAAGUUCGCAGCUUC